CGCGGCUUAUCGUUCUUAUUCCAUUGCCUACCUGCCUGCCUGCGUCGGUCGCUGCCAGUCAAACUCCGUCUGACAACCACCGGCCCUAUAUCUCGACCCCCGACCUCGAUCCUCCUCUUUCCUCCUUCCAUCCCCGGAUUAUGCGUUGACGCAUCUACUACCUUAUCUCUAUCUCGCUCGCGGGCUCACCACUACCACACCCAUCGCAUCCACUAUACUUCCACACAACUAGCACCCAGCACAGACCACGGGUAAUAUCUCUAGUGAACGCCAUCGAUUCUCGAUCUAUCCAUCCCAUCGAUCCCAUCGGCACUACUCCCACCAUCCAUCAUGGCCAAGCUCAGCGAUUCCGCCAUCAUCGUCAUCGUCAUCGUGGUCUGUCUGGCCAUCGUCUGUCUGGGCGCCGCCCUCACCAAGCAAUUCUGGAACGACGAGCCUGAACACCGCUUCCACUUCCCCCGCGAGCAGGAGCAGUACAUGCGCUCUGUGCGUCUAAAGAACCUCGGCUUCUUCCAGCGCGAGUCCAUGGGCAUGACGGGCAAGCCUCCGGCGCCGGUUGUACGAGAUGUCGAGUCAGGGUACUCCGAAAAUGAAUCCUCACAUUAUUAGACCCCUCGUGUCUACGGCACUUCCGAUAUUCUUGACAACCAAAAGAGAAUCUCUUCUAAAAACACACACUGCAUGUACGAUUCACGAUUACACGGUCCACGACCGGACCCGACCGACUGGUUAGGUUUUUUUUUUUUAUCAUUGAUUAUCAUGGGACCCCACACUUGCGACUGUGACUUAUGGUGUUGGACCCGGCGUUGUAUAUUUCAUCUUCAUCUCUCAUCAUAUCCCGGUUUUGUUGGUAUAUAGGUUUUUUU